CCUUCACACCCGCAGCCACACCACCGACCCCCGCUUUGGCAAGCAGAUCUUUUGCCCGUUCCAAGGUUUCAUUGCUACAUCGCUCGGUUGUCCAAAAUGAACCGACGGUUGAUUCUACCAGCACAAGGUGCGAUGUUGCUGCAGACUUUUGUGGGGGGUUGCAGUACCAAAAGACGCACUAGACGACACUGAGCCUUGCGUUAACACGGGCUUGGGUUUGAUUCGUGGAAAGCUACCUUGUUCCUUGUCACUGCAGCUCGGCAAGACCAAAAUGUGACGUCGGCUGCCGUUUAUAUUAGUUGGAUCCUAUCCCCCCGUCUUGAUCGUCUGCUGUCACUUCGACUAGGUCCUUCACCGGAUUGACAUACCACUACUAUUUGCUUCUACUCUCGUGUCAUUGGCAAUUGGAUGCUGCAACAAUGAAGAUUCAUUCCGUGUCAGCGUUGCCUCUUUUGGCUAUCGCUGCAGAGGCUAAGCGAUUAUGGACAACAACCCCAGCAGACCCAAACAAUGUCAUGUUUGAGGCAUACACCAUUGGCAAUGGAGCCCAGGGUGGCCUGCCAUUGGGCAUUCCCGGAAACGACAAGCUCCUCAUCAUGCACGACAGUCUCUGGCGUGGAGGACCCUUUGCGAACCCUAACUACAACGGCGGUAACCCAAAACAGUCUAUUGCCGAUCGCCUUCGUGGCGUGCAGACAGACGUCUUCAAGCACGGCACUGGUGAUGAGAGCCCUCUUUACGGAAACAUGGACGACUAUGGAUCGUAUGAAAUGCUUGGCAACCUGACCGUCGCCAUCGCUGGUGCGGAAAAGUACACAAACUACAAGCGCAGUCUCGAUCUUAACACUGCCCUCCACACCGUCAACUUUACUGCAAAUGGCCAAGACUUUUCUACUACCCAGUUUUGCUCGUUCCCCGAUAAGGUCUGCGUCUACCACAUUCGAUCCGACAAGAACCUACCCGAGGUUACUGUUGGUCUUAUUGACGAAUACCGAACUGCCCCGGCUUCCACCAACAACUGCACCCAGGAUGGCAUCCGUCUCAGCGGCAGAACCGCUGCCAACCCCGGUAUGGGUGAGAUUGGCAUGAAGCUUGACGGUCACGCCCAAAUCCUCAAGUCCAAUGGCGUGACUUACACAUGCAAGGACGGCAAGAUGGUGACUACUGCUGAUAAGCGCCGAAGCUUGACCAUUGUCGUCGCCACAGGCACCGAAUAUGAUGCUAAGAAGGGCAAUGCUGCUAGCGGCUACUCGUUCCGUGGUGACCUGCCAUACCCUGCUGUUCUUAGCACCGUCAAGAAGCUCGACCGCAAGUGCUACUCUAGCAUUCUCUCUCAACACGUCCGCGAUCACCAGAGCCUGUUUGACAAGUUCUCGCUCGAGUUGCCUGAUCACAACAAUUCUGCUGACGUUCCCACGGACAAGCUUAUGGAUUCCUACACCACUGAAAAGGGUGACAACUUUGUCGAGGGCUUGAUUGUCGACUAUGGCAAGUACAUGUACAUUGCAUCAUCUCGCCCUGGAAGUCUGCCUCCCAACCUCCAAGGAAACUGGGUUGCUUCUGUAAACCCUGCCUGGAGCUCCGACUACCAUAUUGACGUCAACGUCCAAAUGAACAACUGGCACGCCGAGCAAAUGGGCCUUGGUGAUAUCAUGAGCCCGCUCUUUGAUUUCAUCACCGACACAUUUGUGCCUCGAGGAACAGAAUCAGCCAAGUUAAUCUAUGGUUCUCGUGGUUGGGUGGCAUUCACAAGCCUGAACAUCUUUGGACACACUGGACAAGGAAACGACGCCACCUGGUCCGAUCUUUACCACGAUCCAGCGUGGCUUAUGGCCACUGUCUGGGACAGAUACGACUACGGCCGCGACGCCAACUGGUACGCCACUGUUGGAUACCCUCUCAUGAAGGGUGUCGCGCAGUUCUGGCUAGACACACUCCUCAGAGAUGAGUACUACCAUCAACUGAUUUGGGUAGCAAAUCCAUGCAAUUCUCCCGAGCAGGGCCCUACUACAUUUGGCUGUGCUCAGUUCCAGCAGGUCAUUUGGGAACUUUUCGAUCACAUAAUCAAGGACUGGGACGCAUCGGGAGACACCGAUACCGCGUUCCUCAAGGCCGUCAAGGACAAGUUUGCCGCUCUUGACCACGGCGUGACUGUUGGCCGCUGGGGCCAGAUCCAGGAAUGGAAGCUCGACAUUGACGUCCAGAACAACACCCAUCGUCAUCUCUCUCAUUUGAACGGCUGGUACCCCGGCUAUAUUAUUUCCGGAUACUACGGCAAGAACGAGACCAUUGUCAAGGCUGUGGAGACAUCGCUCUACUCGCGCGGCAACGGAACCGAGGACUCCAACACUGGCUGGGAGAAGUCAUGGCGUGCUGCAUGCUGGGCGCGUCUCGGUGUUGUUGACGAAGCGUACAAGAUCUUCAAGUAUGCUAUUGAUGUCAACUUUGGCCCCAACGCGCUGUCCAUCUACACCGCAUCCACUACACCGCCCUACAAGCAGUCGCUUCCCUUCCAGAUCGACGCCAACUUUGGCCAGUCUGCCGCAGCGCUCGCCAUGCUUGCCACUGAUCUUCCCCAGGCAUCUGGAGAUAAGGGUGCACCUAUUGUGACCGUUGGCCCUUCAAUUCCCAAGGCAUGGGCUGGUGGCAGCGUCCGCGGACUGCGACUUCGUGGUGGAGGUCAGCUCGACUUUAGUUGGACUGAAGAUGGACUGGUUGAGAAGGUGACGAUUACAGGUAGAACGGCACCAAUCAAGAUUGUGAAUAAGAAGGGCACUGUUAUCGCGCAGGUGUAAACGAGAAGAGAAGAUAGUACAGCGGUUUGUUUUAUGAAAGAGCUAACUAGCUAGCAGAUAUACAGUUACAUACUAUACAAAUUUGUCUUAAAAGCGCCUUAGCAAGUUCUGCACUCUUUUCCAACGUCUAUUCUCGCGCAGCUUAACUGUUGCAAGGGUAGUUUUGGCUACUGACGUCUCGGUUAUCGUCGUUCCAGUUCUUGUGUGC